CAAGUUUAUCGACUCCAUGGAUGCGUUUUCAGCCACGCUUGACUGUUGUGUGGCACUGAACUAGAUCAUGAACAGUCAUUUGUUUGGUCUUCAAGACUCAGAUCCUUGCUGAGCCCGACGGAGUCUAGGGAAUCUCAGUUUGACCAAGAAUCUAGGAAUGGGGGAUCUGCCUUGUCCUGCCCGUUACUGUACCUGCACCAGCGUCACCACAUUCUUUCUUUUAUACUGAGUCUACUUCUCCGUCCCAUCCCUUGAGGAGGCUUCUGCAACACUAUCCUCCAAUAUGGCAACGCAAGGCCCGACUCUUGAAAGAUUCGAGACUGCGCCUGAGGUCAAUGGAAACGCCAAAGUGCCCCAGAUCACCGUCGAGCGGGCGCAGUCGACGCAAGACUCUCAACCUCCUUCAGGACAAAUCUUGACAGGCAAACAAGAACACUAUCUGAAGCGAGAACUCAUUUCGAGACAAGUACAUGCUGAAAUUCAGGAACUCAACAGUCCCACAGCCCUUCAACGUUUCGGUGCUCCCUUCCGCUCAGAAUAUGGCGAGGUCUCUCCCAUGGAGUCAGAGUUGCCUCUGCUCCGUUACAUUUUUGUCAACCAUGUGCGAAAGUUUCCUUUUCUGAACCAGGCACGAGAAAAGGAGUUCUGGCAAGACAAGCUGCAAGUAUUCCUCGAGUCCUUUGCGAGCAAGUACAUCUCCUCCUCGGAAGACAGAUUAGAAGAAACAAAGAGGAGGAAGCUGGCAAAGAAAUCAGAGAAGCUGGUUGAGCUGAUGAUGGUAUCUGGCAUACCCACUGCUUCUGGCUACGAAGAAAGAAUACGGUUUGCAGAGAUGGAGGUGGUGGACCGAGGCGCAAAUGAGCAAGGUCUGGUCGUGAAUCAGCCCGAGGGAAAUUACAUCAAUGGCUGGGACGUCAAUGUUGCCGCGGUCAGAAUCACAUCUGUAAAGAGGACAGUUCGCUAUCACCAACAUGCAGAAUUCCUGAUCCGCGUCAAGAAGGCCGACGAACCGGAGAGAUAUGUUGGUAGGCGGUACGGGGAUUUUGUCAAACUCCACAAGAAUUUGCGUAGGGAAAUGCCGGGAAAGAUGCUACCCCCGUUGCCCAGGAAGAACAAAAGCUCUACCAUGUCUUCGUUGAUGCCUGGGGCAGACGACGAUGCCUCGUCUGUUUCGUCAGUAUCCACACAGGCGUCUCUCAUGGAGGACUCGGGCCGCAUGUAUACCCCUACCCACAGACGUCUCAAGUCUUCCUUGAGCCUUACUGCGGGUUCUGGCACAGGCACGCCCAAACGGAAAACAUCCCCGCGACCUAGUCUGUCCAGGGAGCCAAGUCCACAACCCAUUCGGUUGCAUCGCGAAGACCAGCGUGUUUCACUCCGAGCCUUCUUAAGAACGAUGCUGCAGAAUCCCCAGUUCGCUGAGUCCAAGUCUGUCGCCGACUUCUUUAGCUCUCAACCUAUCGCCCUCAAUGAAGAGGAGCUUGAAGAUGUUUCAAGACGGAAGGACAUGGACGCACGACGAUUGGAAGAACAGAAACAGUUCUACGAGAUCGCCAGGAAACGAGCUGCUGAGCUUGAUAGCUACAUGGAAAAGUUUCGGAGGGACAUCGUGGAAAGAAAUGGGUUGACAAAGCUAUUCGCCGAGAUCCGGAACAAGGAAAAACUCGAGGACCUGAGUCCCGAGUAUAAAAAGUUCGCAGAAUGGUUGAGGAUUGAGGUCGCUGCCACCAUCUACCACCUGUUCCUAGCCGAGGACAACUCGCCUGAGCUCUUCGCUCAAGCCCGCCGAAUACAUUCAUUGGUACCGUACACGGUGCUCAAAAAUGUGAUACGCAUUGCGAAUCCUGCUGCUGUCAUGUCUGGUGUCCUAGACUUGUUUCUUGCACAACCUUUUGGGACCAAGUCACUCCUGCAACGGAUAUUCGCGCAGGCACUCGCAGAUGGCAUCCGACAAUUUCAAAGAUCGAUUGAUGACCUGGUAGGGAAGAUUGCAGAUCCUGUGUUAACCAACAAGUUGAAAGCAUUCGUGGAAUCCUCAGAAGAAACGAAGAAUGCUGUACGAGACGAGGCUCAAAGCGAAAAUAUCGAUCUUGUUGUGUCUAUCCUGCGAUCAGAAGAGUUUAACCCCGAAUUAACGCCUCCACAAAUACAGCGGGUGUAUAACGCCUGGGUCGCCUGGAACAGCGCGGUCGAAAACGACGACGAGGAGCUCAAGCAAGGGGCUGAGAUGUUUUCUCAACUGAAACAGCUGCUGAAGCUGAUGACUCGUCAGCGAGACAAAGCAAUGAUGGCGGCCAUGAUCGAAGAACCCACUACGCUGCAAUUAUUCCGAGACCUCUUUACCAUCUUCUACGAACCGUUGAUCCGUGUUUACAAAUCUGCAAAUGUUUACAGCAGCAUCACGGACUUUGCCCAAUUCGCUGACGAUGUGAUCAAGACCGUAGAAGUGGCCCAGCGACAAGAUGUCUCGGCUGACCCCAAUCAGACGGUGCAGAUGUUCAUUGAUCUGUGUGCUCGGCAUGAGCACAACUUGUACAAGUUUAUACACGAAGUUCAUAUCCAUGACAACGGCCUCUUUACAGCGUUAAUGGGAUGGAUCGAAGGAAUUCUGGAGUUCCUAAGAAAAGGGCCUCAAGGUGGCAAAUUAGACAUGAACGCCAUAUUCCAGGGCGCUCUGGAUAUGAGCGUGAUUGACAAAGAGGUCUGCAUUGCGGAAAUCGAUGCAUUGAUCAAGUGGCAGGAGGACCGCAAAAAGUGGCAUAGCGAUAAGACAAGGCAGAAGAUGGCCGCUGAGGGCACGGGAUCCUCCGACGGCGCGCCGGGGGUGUCGGCAUUCAGAAGUAGUGACUUUGGUUUGCACGAGGCCGAUCUCAUGGAUUUGAAAAUUUCAGACGAAGAAGACGAGGGGGAUACAGAUGACGAAGAGCUCGAUGACGAUCUGGAUCCGAUUCAAGCCGAGCGACGCAGAAGGAAAAAAGCACAAGACCGUUUGAGGCGCACUGCGGGUGAGCCCGUCAAGCCGGAGGUCUCAGAGGUGCUGAAGAUGAGAGAACCUUUCCUGGCCAUGCUUAGGAUGGUUUUGAGUGAUUGAGGGCAUGCACAAAAGAAGCCAAUACUCGUUUAACGGGCCGUCAGCGAUUGAACGUGCAGACGGGGUCUGUUCCUUGACACCGAGGACCGCGGCCUCAGAGUUGGAGCGCUGGUUUGGAUGGGACAAGCAGCAAGUAUCCCUAGUCACGAAGAAAGGUCUACUAGAAUAUAGAAUACCCCGUACAGUACGCUGUAGACACAACGGUCAGGCUUGAAGCACGUUCUCGAGGCCGAAUGGAGAUUACUUGGACCCAACUUUACCCUCAUUUCCCGCCUUGUACGUGAGAUUGAUGGAUGAAACGCGUCAACAUGGUGA